AUGUCUUGUCCCCGCGUGCCCAUGGAGCUUUGGUUCACAAUCCUGGAGCCUAUGGCUCAGGAGAUCGUCGCCGCCAAGCGCAGUAACCGAUUCAUCAGGCCCGGCUAUGGCGCCCUGGCUUCCGUCUGCCGCCAUUGGCAACAUAUUUUCGAGCCCAAGAUCUUCGAGCACCUGACACUGCAAGCAGCAGACGUGCAAUUCCUCAACGUUGUUGUUCGGGAACGCCGCAGACACCUAGUCAAACAUAUCUGGUUCAUCAUCGAGUUCAAUAUGUACUCUUCUCAGAAUUCCGUCAUUCACCCCCACGACUCUCUCGACUCUAUUCCUUCGCAUUUUUUCUGGCUUGCAAUCAACAGCCUUUUCCAGGAACUGAGCGUGUGGGGCCCUCCCUACGCUCGCGGCGACAAAGGAGUCACUCUUGAGCUCAGCAUGUGGUCCCCGAGUGACAACAAAUACUCGUUCCAGGAUAUCGAUCUCGGUGAAGGAGAUUGGUUCACCUCAUUCCCAGAAAUUGAGGAUGACUUUGAACGACACACGUUCGCGCUGCACGCACCGACUCAUGGUUGGGUUCUAGGCUCAAGAGUUAGGUCAGCCACCAGGAUGGAGUGGCAAAAAUUACGACAUUUCAUCUGCUUGGAAGACGACAUCGACAUGCCAAGUGUUGUCGCAGUGACUGGCCUUCUCCUUCGACGCCAGACAAGGACAGAUUUGCACGUGAGUGCGUACAAUGCUAUUUGUGCAAGGCUGCCGAACCUCGCCCACGUCCACUUGGAAAUGUGGCAAGAAUGGGAAGAAGCAAGAAUCAAGGACAAGACAAUCGAGCUAGGAUCCCUAGUGAGAUUGGCCUUCCCGCCCUGCAUCGAGCGAGCGACGUUGCUAUAUGACACUAGCGAAGCAAUACGUGAGGACCUUGCCCUUAAAGUUUUUAAUUGUUCUUUUAUCCUCUCUGCUGACGAGUUUUUCGAGCACUAUCUCUACUCAACCUACUUCUACGAUCGACCUUUACGUGCUAUAGAAGCCGCAAGGGCGCACGAAUUUAAAUGGUUCUAUAUGAAUCAGUUCACCAUGACUUCACCAAGCUUGCAACCAGGAGCCCCCAGGUCCAAGGUCACACAGCUUGUUUAUUCUGCAGGUCUAGCAGCACUCGACAUGCCUGAGGUGAAAAAGUUUCAAUUAUGGCACGCUGGUGACGACUACGCAUCGCUUUUGAGCUUCGAGAAAGGGACCUGGGAUAUCAAUGAAAUCAGGCUCGACGAGGAAACGUGGGACUGGGAAACCGAUUUGGACAAGAUCGAGCCAUUCGGAUAUGUUCCCAUAUCGACCUGGCUCGACUUCAACAUGGAUGUGCUGGAAUGCGAAGAGCCGGUUCGCUAUACAUCGACAAUACUCGAUAAAAAUUUAAUCAAGUGCCGCGGGGAUGCCAUGCAUUUUUUGGGCCUGGGUCCCGAAAUUGUACGUCCAAUUUCGGUACACCAGAUGCGCCGAGAGGCCAGGGGGUAUGCACAUGUAUGA